AUGUUGAAACUUUUUUUGAUAUUGAUACUCUCCAUUGUUUUUUUUGUGAACUAUAGAAACGGCGAAGAAGCAGACGAUAAUACAAAAGCUAUGGGAAAGAGAAGCACACUGAAAUUGAUCCACGCCGUCGAGCAGGCAGAAGGAGCCGGAGCACGAGUCAGGAGAUCUGUAGGGACUAUGAACAACAGAAAAUUCAAUCCCUUCUUGUUGCUUGAUCAUUUUUCAGUCAGCUCAGAUGCUGGAUUCCCUCAGCAUGGUCACAGUGGACAGGAGACCAUUACGUUGGUGUUGAAAGGAGCCAUGGCCCACGAAGAUUUUACGGGAUCUAAGGGUAUUUUGUAUCCUGGAGAUUUGCAGUUCAUGACUGCCGGAAAGGGUGUUGUGCACUCAGAAAUGCCCGUUCAACUAGAGGACAGCAGUGAGAAGACUAUGACCGAAGGUAUUCAACUCUGGGUCGACUUGCCCAAAGCUUUAAGAGAAACGAAACCAAGAUAUAGAGAUUUGAGGUCUUGGGAGAUUCCUGAGGUGUCCACGGCAGAUGGUAAAGUAAACGUGAAAGUUAUUUCUGGUAAGUCGUAUGGUGUUGAAUCUGCCAAGGAUUUAGCUUACACCCCAGUACAGUAUUACUAUGUGACCAUUCAGCCAAAUGGAACCUACACACAAAAGGUACCUACUGACUAUAAUUUCUUCCUUUACGUGUUGAAUGGUCAAAAGGCCGUUGUGAACGAUGAUACUUAUGUUCCUAAACACCACACUCUCUUUUUCGAGGAAGAUGGGGAUGAAGUUGAGGUGACGAACCAAGGUUCAGACGAAAUUGAAUUGGUCUUAGUUGGUGGAGAAGUGUUGAAACAGGAGAGUGUGCAAUACGGUCCCUUUGUUGCGGACUCAGAGGCUCACAUCAAAAAGAAGUUUAUGGACUACCAAUAUGCUAAGAAUGGGUUUGAGCAAGUCAGAACUUGGGAGUCCUUGAUAUCUGCUGGUGUUACUGCUGAUAUGGUGGACGAAUUAGGAGGAAACUUAGAAGAAAGGAAAGAAACUGAGCGCAAGCACUUGGAAGAGAAAGCGAAACGCAGUGAGGGCCUGGUGAGAGAUGAGUUGUAG